UUGUAAUCAACGCCAAUCCAUAUAACAUAUAUUAUAUGCCAUUAAAGGGAUGCUUAAAGUUACUAACAAGUAACAAAAACAGAAUGAAACAAUGCCACCUUUGAUUCACAUUUACACUGCAUGCGCACUACACACCACGCGUUCCUCCAUCUUAUGCCAUAUUUUCACAUUAUAAACUACGUAUCCAUUAUCCUUUUCCAUCUUUUUUCUUUCAUUUUUUUCUUUAAUCAUAUCUCACUCCAGAAUUUUCAUGGCCUUCCAAAAAACCAUCUCAAUCUCACACAAAAACCAAACCAUUGCACAAAUAUAACACAAUGUUCAUUUUUUGAUGCCAUAACACAAAAGAUAUAGGACAUGAAAAUCACACUAACAAAACCAUUCAUUCUUCGUUGUUUCUUAAUCUCUAUCUUCCUCUCCCUCCCAUUUCUCUUCCUCCAUCUAUUCUCUCCCACACAACCCAUCAAUACCACAACAACAUCAAAAACAUCAAAAAAAGACCUAACAAUACGACCCGGUUACAAGUCCUAUGAAGCCUACAUCCAACGUCAACUCAACAAAACUCUCAACACAAAACUACGAAAAAUAUGGACAACACGCGACUGGAACCGCAAGAUCCCAGUUUUCGCCAAAUUCUUCUCCGAACUCAAGACCAAGAAUCUCCUCCAAGAAACAUCCAAAGCAUUAUGUAUUGGUGCACGUGUUGGACAAGAAGUCGAAGCUCUACGACGAAUCAACGUCGUUGAUUCCAUCGGAAUGGACCUCGUUCCACAUCCACCGUUGGUCGUGGAAGGUGAUUUCCAUAACCAACCGUUUGGUAACGACACGUUCGAUUUUGAAUUCUCCAAUGUCUUUGAUCAUGCCCUUUAUCCUCACAAAUUUGUUGGUGAGAUUGAACGCACGUUGAAACCUAAUGGUGUUUGUGUGUUACACGUGGCGUUAUCUCGUCGUGCUGAUAAAUAUUCCGCUAAUGAUCUUUACAGUGUUGAGCCUCUUGUUGAGCUUUUCAAGAAUUCGGUUUUGGUUCAUGUUCGUAAAGUUGAUGGUUUUGGAUUGGAUACGGAAGUUGCGUUUCGCAAGAAACCACCACCCACUCAUCGUCGGUUCUAACAUAUCAGCAAUGAUACAGACAAGACACCGAUUCAUGAGAAAUGUUGGUGCUGGAGAAUUCUUAAUUACUUUUGUUUUUGUUUUCUUAUUAAAUUUCUUUUUACAUUUUUCUGGAUUUGAUGAAGUUGACGUUGGAUAGUGGAUAAUGAUGAUUGUGCAUAUUUGCCACUUUGUA